UGUCACAGUUGCCUUGCCAGAGGAAGUUCCUUCUAAGAGCAUCUAUUCGAUCCACCACAUUUGUUGGAAUAGGAAAAAUGGACAUCAUAUAGGUUGGUAAUGCAUCCACCCAAGGAUAAGUAUUGGCGCUUCCGGUUAAUUACCUUAUUUUCACACUUCUAUUAGACAACAUUUCAGAUAUCUUUGGAAUUGCUUUUGUGGCACCAAAAGGCACUCCAAGAUAAAUGGUUGGCAGCACACCUGUCUUUCCUCCCACAUCCUCUGGAGAAACACGAUGGAGUAAAAAAGUAAAUGCAUUACAAAUAUUAUAGAACCUGAAGAGGAGAAGGAAAACGUCAGAGAUGUUUGACAAAGCAGGGAUAAGCGGAAAAUUCAGAGGUUUAAACAUUCGAAAAAUGUAAGCAUACUUUUCUAUGGUACUAAUUAACAUCUUGUUUGGUUUCUUUCCUUUGUGGCGUAGUGUAAAUGGCACACAGAGCCAAAACAAAACAGUAUGAUCAUGAGGAUGAUUAAAGGGGUAGCUUGCAAACUUGAUCUGGAAAAGGCGUAUGAUCAUGUGAAUUGGUCAUGUUUGUUAAAUUUGAUGAAACAAAUGAAUUUUGGGGAGAAAUGGAUUGGGUGAAUAAAAUUUUGCAUAUCCGCAGUUCGCUUCUCAGUUUUAAUUAAUGGGAGUCCACAGGGAUACUUCAAAUCACAUAGGAGACUCAUACAAGGAGAUCCCCUAUCUCCCUACCUAUUCUUGUUGAUGAUGGAAAUCUUAAGUAGAAUGCUUAAGAAGGCAGAACAUUUUGGAUGGAUCAGAGGACUGAAGGUUAGAAGAAAUGAAGGGGAAGAACUGAAUGUCUCUCAUAUUGUCUAUGCUGAUGAUACCUUGAUACUUUGUGAAGCUGAAAAUGCUCAACUUCUGCAUCUCAGAGGAGUACUACUAGCUUUUGAGGCUGUGUCGGGUUUGAAAGUAAACUUGGCAAAGAGUAGCGUGUUUAGUAUUAAUACUGAACAUUGUAUUGAUGAGCUGGCAGAUGUUAUAGGAUGCAAGGUAGAGCAGUUACCAACCACUUAUUUAGGACUACCACUUGGAGUAAAUAAGAAUGAUUCAAGGUUGUGGUACGGGGUCCUGGAUAGGUGUAGUGGUAAAUUGGUACCAUGGAAGAGACAAUAUUUAUCUUUUGGGGGUAGACUUACAUUGACCAAUAGUGUGUUGGAUGGUAUUCCAACUUAUUUGCUGUCACUCUUUAAAAUGCCAACAAUAAUAGAGAAAAAGUUGAAUACUAUGAGAAACAAAUUCCUGUGGGAAGGCAAUGCGGUUAACAAAACAUUCUAUUCGGGAAGAUGGCAGGAGGUAAUCAAAGGAAAGAAAGGAGGGGGACUAGGAGUGAGGAAUCUGAAGUUGCAUAAUAAAUGCCACUUAUAA